AUGGCUGUCACUGUUCCUGGUGCCUUUCACUCCUCCUUGGCAGCUGGCUGUCACCAGCUGUCACCAGCUGUCACCAGCUGUCACCAGCUGUCACCAGCUGUCGUUGCUGCCGUCGUUGCUGCUCCUCGUCGGCUGCUGGUCGUUGGCGCCGGGCUCACAAGCGCGGCCAUUCUCCGCCCCCUGGGCUACGUCACCGUCCACACCAGCACCAUUGGCAGGCACCUCGGGCGCCUCCAGCGGCUGUGGACGACCAGCGGCACCCGGGCUGGGUCUCGCAUCGAUGCGAGCGCCUCCGAGACACCCGCUGAGCGCCGCACUGCAGCGAGCUUGUGGGCGAUCGCGAGCCGCUUGGGAGGUCGUGCAGCUGUGGCCGGACUCACCGCGGCGUGCUCCAGCGGCGGCCUGGCCUUUGGCGUCCGCCGAGGCUACCGCGCCUCGCUCGCCAUCCCGCGCAUGUACUGGGCGAGGCCGGGGCGGCUUCGGCCCGUGUGA